UGGUGUAGUGCAACCAUAAGACUCAGUGGGUCCGAGUUGACUCGAGGUGGGUCCGAGUUGGCGUGGGUCCGAGUUGGUCUUGGAUCCGAGUUGGCAUUGGUCCGAGUUGACCUGAUCCCGUACCACUUUAACCAAAUGAAUAAGCUUACAUGUACUCUUACAAAGUCUAACGUAACAAUCCGUCACAGUACCGACUCCUCUUUCAACAUGUUCACAAACUUCCGUAUGUUGUAUAGUUCUCACGCGUAAAAUCAAGAAGAUCACGUGCCCGAACACACGUGAUUUUCAACUAUUGCUCAGUUGUCACAUGGGAACCAUUGUUCUGUUGAUUGAAGCACAAGUGUCAUACAUGUACGUAGUCCUGGUAUAGUGCAUGUGCAUACUUCUUGUCAGAGCUGUUGAUGCACGUUGGUCGAACUUGGAGAGCUGAUUGAAGAUAACAUACACUACCAAAAAAGUCAUGCCAGCUUCGCCCGUUUACUCUCAGGGCGGUAACACGCUAUCUGUCCAUGUUAGUCUUCACGCUGACAAUAGGGGACGUCUGCUGACGCGUCUACGAGCUAAUCAGGAUGUCCCUGCAGGUGCCAUUGUGCUGUUGGAGGGAGGAAAGGACAUCAACCAGUACUGUACAGAUAUAGAGCUGGUAUUUCGUCAGGAAUCAUUCUUCAUGUGGACUUUUGGUGUUGAGCUUCCGGGUUUCUAUGGUGCUGUGGCCGUGGAUACGGGGAAGACAGUGCUGUUUGCACCCAAGAUACCAGAGGCAUACAUUGUGUACAUGGGAGACUUGCCAUCCAAUGAAGUUCUUAAAGAGCGAUAUGCAGUAGAUGAGGUUCACUAUGUGGAAGAGAUUGUAACUGUACUGGAAGCAAUGAAGCCUAGUACACUCCUUACUCUGAAAGGCGUCAACUCAGACAGUGGGUUAACAUCACAUGAGGCAGUAUUUGAUGGCAUCGACAAGUUUAAAGUGAAUAACGCUCUCCUUUAUCCUGAAAUAUGCGAAUGUCGUGUCUUCAAGAGCGCAGGUGAAUUGGAGAUCCUUCGCUAUGUCUGUGCUCUGAGUUGUGAGGCUCAUAAGGAUGUCAUGCGCAAGGCUCAGCCUGGUCUGAUGGAAUACCAGCUAGAGAGUACAUUCCGGUACCAUGUGUACUACCAUGGCGGAUGUCGCAAAGUGGCCUACACCUGCAUUUGUGCCAGUGGACACAACUCUUCUGUCUUACACUAUGGACACGCCGGAGCACCCAACAACAGGCAAAUCCAAGAUGGAGACAUAUGCACCUUAGACAUGGGAGGAGAAUAUUACGGAUAUGCCGCCGACAUCACAAUUGCCUUUCCUGCCAAUGGCAAAUUCACGGCUGACCAACGCAUUAUCUACGAAACCGUUCUGAAGGCGAAUCAUGCUGUGCUCAAUGCAAUGAAACCAGGUGUCCUGUGGCCAGACAUGCAUUGCCUAGCUGAGCGGACUAUCCUUGAGGAGCUGAAACGACAUGGCCUAGUCCAAGGUGACGUUGAUGAGAUGAUGAAGGUGUACCUAGGAGCUGUCUUCAUGCCCCACGGCCUGGGACACUUCCUAGGAUGUGACACCCAUGAUGUUGGUGGCUACCCAAAGGGUGUGGAAAGGAUCCAAAGGCCAGGAAUUCGCAACCUUCGGACGGCUCGUGUUCUGGAAGCCGGAAUGGUUAUCACCGUUGAACCAGGGUGCUACUUCAUUGCAGCUACUCUGGAACCAGCCUUGAAAGACCCCCAAAUGAAGCAGUUCCUUUGUCCUGAUGUCUUGGAAAGAUUCAAGAGCUUUGGUGGGGUCCGAAUUGAGGACAACGUUUUGGUGACUGAAAAUGGAGCUGAGAACCUGACCGCCUUUGUUCCCAGAGAAGUGGCAGAGAUUGAGACUCUCAUGGCCGAGGGACAGUCGACGGAUUAACAUCAUCUCUGUUUCUGCUGACAUCUGGGCUUGAUAGGGGCUUAACUGAGGCGGUUUAUUUUUGCCACUGCCUGGAGGGAUCCGUCAUUAGUGGCAUAAUUUGAGUACAUUUUUUGAGGGUAUACUUGGGGGGGCCCACAUUUUCUGGAAGCAAGCACUCAAUGGUUUCUGUCACAAUUAAAACAACGACCAAGGCAGACUGUUGCCCGAAUUUUUCCAUCUUUAAUUUCUGAAUGGGGAGGGGGCCCAUAUGAGGCCUCAGGCCUUGAGUGAGGGUACUUCGGCCC